GGUUUUUGAUUUCCUGUUGGAUUCGAGUCGUUCUGCUAUCCUUAGCUUCAGCCCUUUUCUCUCUCUAUUAUUAUUAUAAAAUCAAACAAUUAUUUGAAGAAAGAGAAAGAGAGAACAACUCGGCGAGGGUUUUAGAGAGAUAAAGAGGCAGCGGGAGUGUCAAAGGCAAGAGAUAGAGAGCGAUGUCGGGAGGAAUAGCGCGUGGUCGACUCUCGGAGGAACGGAAGGCAUGGAGGAAGAACCAUCCCCAUGGUUUUGUUGCGAAACCUGAGACGUUGCCCGAUGGAACGGUGAAUUUGAUGGUGUGGAAUUGCACAAUCCCUGGUAAAGCAGGGACUGAUUGGGAGGGUGGAUACUUUCCACUGACACUCCAUUUCAGUGAAGAUUAUCCUAGCAAGCCUCCAAAGUGUAAAUUUCCCCAAGGUUUUUUCCACCCGAAUGUUUAUCCAUCUGGUACUGUUUGCCUUUCAAUUCUGAAUGAGGAUAGUGGUUGGAGACCAGCCAUAACUGUGAAGCAGAUUCUUGUCGGAAUCCAAGAUCUUCUGGAUGCUCCAAAUCCUGCUGAUCCUGCUCAAACUGAAGGAUAUCACCUUUUCAUCCAGGAUGCUAAUGAAUAUAAGAGAAGGGUUCGCCAGCAAGCCAAGCAAUACCCACCUCUGGUCUAGUCUAUUGUUAUCAAAUAUUAGCUAAGAUUUUCAAUGAAAUUGCUGGUAAAAUGCCAGUUUGGCUUCUUCCUCAUGUAUAAGACUUGGCUUUUGCUAAGAGAAAAUAUGCUUCCUUGGGUACUUGGUAAUCUGUAUAAACUGUAUGAACCUGCCUUGCGUUCCAACUCCGUCAGAUUUGGAUUAAUGGUUGUUUUUAACCCUACACUACUGGACUUGUAACUUGAAAGUGAAGCUUGUGUUUCA